AUGGUAUGUAAGUUGAAUAAGUCGUUGUAUGGACUCAAACAAGCAUCACGGCAGUGGAAUUUGAAAUUUACCACUUGUUUACUAGCAUAUGGUUUUCAACAGUCCAAGGCUGACUAUUCUUUAUUUACUAAGACUACUCAAACCGGGGAAUUCAUUGCCUUGUUGGUUUAUGUGGAUGAUAUUGUGAUUAGAAGCACUUCAAUGGAUCUUACUAAUGAAGUUAAAGAUUAUUUGAGUUCUAAUUUCAAGCUUAAAGACUUAAGGAAACUCAAGUAUUUUCUUGGCUUAGAAGUGGCAAUAUCAAGUAAAGGAAUAUUUCUUUGUCAAAGGAAGUAUACUCUGGACAUCUUAACAGAGUAUGGCCUAUUAGGAUCUAAACCAAUGUCUACACCGAUUGAAUACCAUCAUAAGAUGACAAGAGCUAAAGAUGAGGAACAGUUGAGAGACAGUACUAUGUGUAGACAGUUGUAUAUGGACAAGCCAAGUGAAGUUCAUUUACAAGCAGCUUUCAGAGUGUUACGAUAUCUCAAAACAGUUCCUGGUCAAGGUAUUUUAUUUUCUACUGAUUCUAAUUUAUGCUUACAAGCAUAUAGUGAUAGUGAUUGGGCUGGCUGCCUAGACACUAGAAGAUUAGUUACUGGUUUUGGUGUAUUACUGGGAAAAUCAUUGAUUAGUUGGAAAGCUAAAAAGCAGAGUGUGGUAGCAAGGACUUCUACUGAAGCUGAAUAUCGAGUAAUUGCAGCAACUUGUUGUGAAGUGAUUUGGUUGCUGUAUUUACUUAAGGACUUCAAUGUUGAACAUUCAUGUGCAGUGAAACUGUUUUGUGACAAUCAAUCAACUCUUCAUAUUUGUCGGAAUCCUAUAUUUCAUGAGCGUACCAAACAUAUCGAGAUGGACUGUCACUUUAUUCGAGAGAAAGUAGCUACAGGCUAG